CGCGUCUCUCCUCCGCCAUGGCCUCAGUUUCAAAAGUCAAGAAAUCCAAAGCUUUUGAAAGAACCAUUGUAGUUGCUGGUCUUCCUGUUGGCCUUUUAAGUGAUCAGUUGCUGACCACGUUAGUGGAAAGAUACUUCCAAGACGUUAAUAAUGAUGGUGGAGACAUUGAAGAUGUGAUAUAUCCAACAAAAACCAAAGGAGCUGCAUAUGUAAUACUCAAAGAAAAAAAAGUUGCAGAGAAUGUUGUCAGACGAAAUAAACACCAUCUAGCAAUUCAGAAGACAGUACAUGCUCAACUCACAGUCUCUCACUUUAGUGAAAAGGUCUUCAGCUCUGUGAAGGCUACCCUUGAUCUUUCUGUUUUUCGGGGUCAGAUAAUACUAGAAAGCCUGGUAAUGGACCUGAAAAAGAUGAUCCCAACUUUAAACUUCAGUCCUUUGGGACCCAGAGGAAGAAUCUCUGUGGAAGGAUCAUUUCUGGCUAUCAAGAAGCUCAAAGAGUCUUUGCUAUCAAAAGCAAGUUCUCUUUUAGAAAAAAACAAGAAUUUUAUGAGUGAAGGGAGAAAACAGGACAGACAAAGCCCCAAAAGGAGUCUACCGAAAGGUGAUAACAUGGUGGAGACGCUCAGGACCUUAGUACUUGAGACUGCUAAAAGCCCAGAAAUGAUUGUGAUGGAUACAGAUGUCUUCCUUUACCUGAAAUGGAGGUGUGAGUUUUAUGAAACCACAUUGAACAAAUUCAAUAUUCUAAGUCAGGAGAGGGUGGAUGGUGAUGUCACCACCAUUUAUCUGGCAAAUGCUCAAGCUGGUUCUGGACCAAGCAGUGUGCGGCACGUGAAGGAGCUCCUUGAGAAAUGGACCCAGGCUCUUCACUUUCGGCUCAGGAAAGAGACAUUUAUUUUGGGAGGAAAGGGAAAGAGAGAGAAGAGAAAUAUUGAAUGGGCAUGUGAACAACUACAAUCAAGAUACCAUAGGGUUCUGACUAAUUUUUAUAAGACACACAUUGACAUUAUAGGUUCUUCUUCUGACACUUACCUAUUUAAAGAAGAGGUCUUGAAAUUAAUAGGGCAAAAGAUUAGUUAA